ACGAAAGCGUAACCUGCCAGCUGUGCUCCCCCCAGUGCUUGGAUUGCAGCAGUACCUACUCCCAUUGCAUCAGCUGCCGAGACAACACCUUCCUGUUCCGUGACUCCUGCGUUCCGAGCUGUCCAGGGGGAUUUGUGGAAGACAUCGAGUCUAACCGUUGCCUGGUCCAGGAUAGAAUCUGCCCCUUGCACUGCAGAAGCUGCGACGAAUGGGGAGAAUGCCAAGAAUGCGAAGAUGGCUAUCUGGCCUAUUUUGGGGAAUGCAUGCAAGAAAAUUCGCAGUGUCCUGAGCAGCAGUACCGGGCUCUUCAGUCCGACGGACGCCCAGUGUGUCGAGACUGCACCCCUCACUGCAAGCGCUGCCUGGGACCGCGGGAGGACGAGUGCCUAAUCUGUGCCGCCGACUACCGACUGGCCAACGGGCACUGCCGGCAGAACUGCAACACAGGACAGUUUCACAAAGACGGCGUUUGCAUGGCUUGCCACCCAUCAUGUGGAAGCUGUACAGGUCCGUCCCCAUACGAGUGCACCUCUUGCCCCGACGGCCUAGUGCACACUGUCAGCGGUGCCGACAAGGGCGAGUGCAGCGUCGGAUGUCCCCAGGGGACGUUCCGUCACGGGAGCCAGUGCCGGGCUUGCCACGACACCUGUCAGAGCUGUGAUGGUGAGGGCGAGGAGCGCUGCCUCAGCUGCCAGUCCACCUUCUUCCUCACAGGCAAUCAGCGCUGUGUGCCAACCUGCGGGGACGGCACCUAUCAGUACCGGAGCGAUGUUGGUGGCGGUGACGAGGCACUCAGCGGGAUGGAAUGUCGUCCCUGCCACUCCAGCUGCGCCACCUGCUAUGGCCCGCUGGAGACAGAAUGCACAGCAUGCCACAAUAGCAUGUACCGGCUGGAGCACACUUGCGUGGGACACUGCGGAACAGGGUACUGGCCCGGACCGCAGAACGUGUGCCAGCCCUGCCACUUUGACUGCAUGUCAUGCUGGGGCAACCGUCAGGACCAGUGCAUCUCCUGUGCUAGCGGCAAGAAGCUGCUAGCCGAACGCUGCGUGGACGAGUGCCCCGCCAGUCACUACCUGUCUCUGGACUUUGGUGCCGUGUGCGAGCCCUGCCACGUCAGGUGCAAGACUUGCUACGACAUGGGCCCAUUCAACUGCCUGUCCUGUAAAGAUGGCUACGAACUUGACAACUCAGUGUGUUACAGCAGAUGUGAUCUUGGAAUGUACUUCAUAAAUCACACGCAGGAGUGCGCACCCUGCGACAAGGCCUGCCGGGAAUGUUACGGCCCAACAGACAAGCAGUGCAUCGCAUGCUACAGCGGCAAGUCACUCAUGAAGGUGGACGACAAGCGCUUCACUUGUUUGGUCUGCUGUCAGCAAGGCCAGGACCCAGACAGGGAUAAUUGCUGCAAAUGCAACAAGGACCAGCAGUGCAUGCCGUCACAGGGCAACCAGGGAAACAGCGGAGCCGACCAGCCGGCAGACCGGCCCGGGCUGAAUCACGGUGCGAUCAUCUUCAUCUGCCUCCUGAUCUUGGCCGUCUUUGGCCUGUUCUUCGGCCUCCUGCAGGCUCGCUCCCGCAAGAAGCUUUGCUGGAGGGACAACUACGAGACACUCCCCACCUUUUACAACAACAGCAAAGGGGAGGAACCCAAGAUUACGCUGCGCCAGAAUGCCCUGCCCAGCAGCGACGAUGAGGACUUUUUUGACGACACCGACGAGGACCUCUAGACUCCACAUUGCAACUUUGGCCACGUAAACACCUUCCUUUUUUAUCUCUAAAUGAGCUACUCUGGCAGGGACCUAAAAAAUCACCUCUAAAAAAGGCCAGGUCAUUCCUUCACGUUUUUACUAGCCAGCUCCUUAAACCAGGACUGUGUUUCAGUAUGGAUCUGUAUCUCUGUAAAUUAUGGUUUGGAUUGACAACAGAGCUCAUUGUAACGGUACUUUUAUAAUGAGCAAUGUUUUGUACCCAAACCCUGAGCUCAUUUUUGUAAAGCAGGCAGCAGCAGAAUUUCCCUGCCACAAAGGAACUUCAACAGAAGAACACAGUCAAAGCUGUAACAAGCAUUUCAGGUUGUGAUCAUUUUUUUCAGGUUAAACUUAACUUUAAUGGCAUCGUGCACCGAUCCCUGGUCGCACCACGCUGCCAAGUUGACAAGUGUACUUUCCCUGUUUUUCAUACCUGAAGGUAUUUAGAUAGCUUGCAUUACUCUGCCAAAAUGAAGUGCCUUGAAGUGAAUUGAUAUGGUCAGUCCAAUCGUUUAAAUAGGAGUGACAAAUGUAAAAUAUUUAUAUAGUGCAUUUCAGUACUGGUGUACCUUUCAUUACUUGAGUUGUCAAUUUUGUGUGUCCAGAUGAACAAAAAUAGUGUCUCCUUUCCAGAGCAAAGGGCUUUAGGUAGGGACUCUCCCCUCUUAAAUGGAAUUUUUGAAUAUGGAGGGAUAGGGAACUAGACCAUGUAUUAUUUGCUACAGGCAAAACCCCAUCUCCCUCGUGUGUAUUUCUGUACACAUGCAGUCAGGGUUGUAGUCAAGUAACCCACAAAGUACCCAGAAUCGCUUCACAAGCACUUCAGUGUCAAUGAGUUCCAAGCCUUUCACCCAUGAACGGUAACAGAGAGAUUCCCAUGUUAGUCACCCCAUUGUCAGUAGUAAAAGUACAUGGACUUGGAAAGCCCUUUGCCACACUGAGGGGAAAGUUGCUUUUGUCAGGGAAGUCGGGUCGCGGGGACAAAAAUUGGGUCCCAUAACAUUUUUUUGCACCUGCAACGAAGACAUUUCAACAUGGACGUUGUCCCGUGAUUGUGGAACAAACAUGUGCGUGUGUGAAAGUACUUGCGAUGGCCAGGAUGAAGUACCCGACUCCAACACUGCACAUAGGUACAUUAAAUAGUGUUGGUGCUGGGUUGAAUCCUGGUUAAAACAAUGUCUGUAAUUGAUUCAUAGAAUUCGUUGUUGAAUGACAAGUGUACAGUUUUCCUUGUAUUGUUUUCUGUUUUGUUUGAAUCUGUUUGAUGUUGAAUAAUUGAUAAUCAAAGAUACUAAUUGCUCUGUACAUACUGCUUUAGUUGGAAAAAAAGUCAAAAUCCUGAACUGCUAAAUUCAGUUCCUGGUCAAGACAGUUUCUGGUUCUGGUAUUUAAUAAUGUAUUUGUUUAUAAAUUAUUUUAAUCAGACAGGCUUUUAGUUUUUUCUUGAAUGUGAGAUGGACCAAACAUCGUUUUUUUCUAGCAUAAUCGAUAUUAUAGGGGUUCAUAAAAACCUAUGAAGAGAAUUUCAGGUGUUAGGGAAUCAGGAAAAACUAUUCAGUUUGAAUGAGUUUUGAACCAUUUUUCUAAUCUUAGAUGGUUACAGUAUGACAUCUGGGAUGGCAAUUGGCCCCUCCAUAUCAACUCUGUAUACUUAACAUUACAUGUAUUGGCUUGACCGAUUUGUAUAUUCGAUUCAGGUUCCUUGAAACCAAAAACCAAUCAUGUUAAUUAUUUCUGAGGUUUCCUGUACAAACUCUCUUCAGAUUACUUUGAUAUUGUUACUGUAUCUCAUGAUUUUGUACUACCAUGCAGUAACGCCGUUUUUUUAAUAUUCAUAAUACAUUAUGCAACAAUAACCGUGCUCCAUGGGAGGCAACAGUAGUGGACAUGUGAUGUACAAUUUGAAAAUUCAUGUACGAAUUGUUCGUAAUAGGGUUUGUAGCUUCCAAUCACGGGGUCAGGGUUCCAAUCCUAGCAGGUGGUGACACGCUGUGACCUCGGGCAGGUCACUUCAUCCCUACUCGCCUCUCUCUACCCAGAAGUCAAUAGGUACCUGUGCAAGGGCAGAUAUGGUUAUUGUGCUUAUCCCUUGGUGCUUGUAAGUGGUCGUCGGGCUAGUAUACUCCCAUGGGAGCUGAGAUGGUCUCAGGAAUUUAUCACGUGUUGCGAGCCCACCGAGCAGGGAUGACAGCAUAUCUGUGCUGUUAAAUGGCGGAUACUGUUAGAUACCACAUGUCAUAGAACAUGAACAAAUGCUGUAUUACAUGUAUUCUUAAUAUUUCAAGGAAGCUCCGGCUUGAGGUGCGGGUAUCCAGUGUGUAUGCAGGUAUAAACUUUUCCUUGUAUCGUCUGAUUUCUCCCAUUUUCCAUGUUUUCCAUGGCAAACUGAACACCACCACCAAGUCUGAAUUACUAGUUGUAAGACCUGUGUAGUCUACCUCUCGUAAGCCCAGGACCAAAUCACAAUAACUGGUUACGGCUGACAGUAAACACAAGUCUAUGGGAAGCGGCUACAGCUGCCAGUACUGGCUUCCAUAGCCGCAUUUGUCACUUCUAGCCAAGCCCUAACUUUCGGACAUGGCUUCCUCAGACUGUUUACCACAUCCCACCACACUAAACAGGGCUUUUUGAAAAUCUUGGCUAUUCCUAUUGAGACAGUCCCUCAGAACAAUACCCAACACAAUGCUUAUCAGCCAUCCAAUGGGGCUAUCAGGAAUUUCCAGUAAAACAUUGCUGGAUAAGUGUAUAUUUUGGACUAGCCCUAACACUCCUCAGUCCUCCAACAGGUGAUGGAUUGAGGAGGGUUAGGGUUAAUGACUAUAAACUCAUGGCAGUGCCAAAGCUCGGAAGUGGCAAAGUUUAAAGAAAGCUCAAAGCUGCUUCCGUGCCAUUUGAAACAUGCACUGAAGCACACUGCAGUACAUUCAAGUCUAAGUUAAAAUACCAGUGAAAGUUGCUGUGAAUAAGUUUAGGAGUUGGGAAAAAAUUAAAAUUGUUCACUCUAUGUAUUAUGAAGCAUUUGUCAUCCGGUAUAACAAAAUGAGUCAUAAUUCCCCACAGCAACUUUCUAGUGAAAGGACCACUUGUGUGAAUCAAUUUGACAUUUUUCAUCCAUGGAUUGUCAGUUUUCACCUGGAUGCCAAACUUGGUGGUAUGCCAAAACCAAGAGACCAGUCUGUCCUUGCUUGUCUAAACUACCGGGUAAAACAGAAUCCUGAAACUGUGGCCUUAAGACUCUUUUUGUGGGAUCCAGACAGUUUUGAAUCAUUCAUUUUCCACGUGCCUUUGAAUCAGUCAAUUAUCAAUUUGUAAUUUGAAAUACUAAGUAUUCUAUUGCAGUGCAGGUUGUAACGCGCAAUUGAAGGAAACAUUGAUUUGUUGUAGAUCAUGUAUUCAACUUCAGUGGAGUGAUCUUUUAUUUAAAAUAAGGCAUGCAGUACAGGUGAAGAUGAAAUUUACGUCCACCGCAUUCUUCUAUCAUUGACAGAUCAUUAUGCCCUGUCUUAAUUCAUGCAGUAACCAAAAAUGGAAAAUUGUAGAGAUAAGAAGUACUUGUUGUGAUAAUCAUUUUGUACCCAGCGUUUCAGUGUAUUUUUGUACGAGGAAUUUUCUAGUGAAGUUUAUGAAAUGACCAGUUUUUAAGCCA